CAGAUUGCUCCUAGGGAGGCUCCAAACCUCCACUUGACAAUGGGAAACUGGCUGGUUAACCACUGGCUCUCAGUUUUGUUUCUGGUUUCUUGGUUGGGGCUGAACAUUUUUCUGUUUGUGUAUGCCUUUCUGAAUUAUGAGAAGUCUGACAAAUACUAUUACACGAGAGAAAUUCUUGGGACUACCUUAGCUUUUGCCAGAGCAUCAGCUUUCUGCUUGAAUUUUAAUAGCAUGAUGAUCUUGAUCCCUGUGUGUCGGAAUCUGCUGUCCUUCUUGAGGGGUGCCUGCUCAUUUUGCAACCGCACACUGAAAAAGCCGUUGGAUCACAACCUCAUCUUCCAUAAGCUGGUGGCAUAUAUGAUCUGCAUAUUCACAGCUAUUCAUAUCAUUGCACACCUAUUUAACUUUGAACGGUACAAUAAAAGUCAACAGGCCAUGGAUGGAUCUCUUGCUUCUGUUCUCUCCAGCCUAUCUCAUCAGGAGAAAGAAGUGAAUUCUUGGCUAAAUCCCAUAAAGUCUCCAAACAUGACAGUGAUGUAUGCUGCAUUUACCAGUAUUGCUGGUCUUACUGGAGUGAUUGCCACAGUAGCUUUGGUUCUCAUGGUAACUUCAGCUAUGGAGUUUAUCCGUAGGAAUUACUUUGAGCUCUUCUGGUAUACCCAUCACCUUUUUAUCGUCUAUAUCAUCUGCUUAGUGAUCCAUGGCCUGGGUGGGAUUGUUCGGAGCCAAACAGAGGAAAGCAUGGGUGAAAGUCAUCCCCAAAAUUGUUCAAAUUCUUUUCUUGAGUGGGACAAGUAUGAGUGGAGUUGCAGACAUCCUCAUUUUGUGGGGCACCCCCUAGAGUUUUGGAAGUGGAUCCUGGCACCAUUCAUCAUGUAUAUCUUUGAAAGGCUCCUUCGCUUUUAUCGCUCCCAGCAGAAGGUUGUAAUCACCAAGGUUGUAAUGCAUCCAUCUAAAGUUUUGGAAUUGCAGAUGAGCAAGCAUGGCUUUAGCAUGGAAGUUGGACAGUAUGUAUUUGUAAAUUGCCCCUCAAUUUCCUUCUUGGAGUGGCAUCCCUUCACUCUGACCUCUGCUCCAGAGGAAGAAUUUUUCUCCAUUCAUGUCAGAGCAGCAGGGGACUGGACAGAAAAUCUCAUAAGGACAUUUGAACAACAGCACUCACCAUUACCAAGGAUUGAGGUGGAUGGUCCCUUUGGCACGGUCAGUGAGGAUGUUUUCCAGUAUGAAGUGGCUGUACUGGUUGGGGCAGGGAUUGGGGUCACUCCCUUUGCUUCCAUCUUGAAAUCUAUCUGGUACAAAUUCCAGCGUGCAGACAAUAGUCUCAAAAUACAAAAGAUCUAUUUCUACUGGAUCUGCAGAGAGACAGGUGCCUUUGCCUGGUUCAACAACUUAUUGAAUUCCCUGGAACAAGAGAUGGAAGAAUUAGGCAAAAUGGAUUUCCUAAACUACCGUCUCUUCCUCACUGGCUGGGAUAGCAACAUUGCUGGUCAUGCAGCAUUAAACUUUGACAAAGCCACUGACAUCCUGACAGGUCUGAAACAGAAAACCUUCUUUGGGAGACCAAUGUGGGACAAUGAAUUUUCUAGAAUAGCUACUGCCCACCCCAAGUCUGUUGUGGGGGUUUUCUUAUGUGGCCCUCCGACUUUGGCAAAGAGCCUGCGCAAAUGCUGUCAGCGAUACUCAAGUCUGGAUCCUAGGAAGGUUCAAUUCUACUUCAACAAAGAAUCUUUCUGA